GGCACCACUACCAUCGCUGGCUCUCUAGGCUGGGAGGGUGUCUUCAAGCUCUUGGUUUGCUCCUACCCCCGAGUCCACAUCACCAGGCUCCCCACCCUCCUGCUGAAACACCUCCUGGCCCCCGGGGCCAAACGGUCCAAGGUGUCCAAGAUGUCCAAGGUAGCCAAGUACCGGCGGCAGGUGAGCGAAGAUCCGGACAUUGACAACUUGUUGUCCACCCUGUCGCCGGAGGAGAUGGAGGAGCUGGAGAAGGAGCUGGAUGUGGUGGAACCGGACAGGAGCGUCCCGGUGGGACUCCGGCAGAGGAAUCAGACCGACAAGCAGUCCACCGGCUUGUACAACCGAGAGGCCAUGCUCAACUUCUGCGAGAAGGAGACCAAGAAACUGAUUCAGCGGGAGAUGUCCGUGGACGAAAGUAAGCUUGGAGAGGCCAAACAAGACCCCAAAAACGGAGAGGAAAGGAAUAAGGACACAGGGGACAAAGUCUCGGGCCGGAAACGGGAUCUGGACCUGGGGAAGGAGUCAAAGAAAGAGGCCCUGAAGAAGUUCAAUAAGCAAGAGAAAGAAGACCCCGACAGUAAAGACAGAGAGAAACCCAGGGAAGAGAAAAUCAUCAGGGGAAUAGACAAGGGCAGGGUCAAGGCUGCCAUAGACAAGAAAGAGACCGGAAAGGGAAAGGACCAGCAGGGAGAAGAGAAAGGGGUGAGGGCCAGGAAGGAGGAAGAGAAAAAAGGAAGUGAAAAGGGACCGGUGGGGGAGAGGGAGGAGAAGGACAAGGGAGAAGAGAAGGGGGUGGGAUCCAAAAAGGAGGGAGAGAAGAAAGGAAGUGAAAAGAAGCCAGAGGUGAAGCAAGAAGAGAAGGAGCAGGGAGAGGAAAAGGGCAAGAAGGAGGGAGAGAAGAAAGGAAGUGAAAAGGGGCUGGCAGUGAAGCCAGAAGAGAAGGACAAGGGAGAGGAGAAAGGGGCAGGACCCAAGAAGGAGGAGGAGAAGACCCAAAGAGGAAGGGCAGAAGGCAAAAAGCAGAGCGGAGACCCUGUAGCCACAAAGGAGCCCAAGGAGGAGAGAGAGGCCGAGGCACCGAGGCAGACGGCCGUCCCCGAGCACCACCCGGCCAGCGACCUCCCUGGGGCUCCGGGCAGCCAGGCGGCGGCCGAGGGGGAGGAGGCCUCUCCCAGUAUCUUCGAUGAGCCCCUGGAGAAGGUGAAGAACAACGACCCUGAGGUGACCGAGGUGAACGUGAACAACUCGGACUGCAUCACCAACGAGACCCUGGUCCGCUUCGCCGAGGCGCUGGAGUUCAACACGGUGGUCAAGGUGUUCGCGCUGGCCAACACGCGAGCCGACGACCACGUGGCCUUCGCCAUCGCCCUCUUGCUCAAGGCCAACAAGACCAUCACCAGCAUCAACCUGGACUCCAACCACGUGACCGGCAAGGGCAUCCUGGCCAUCUUCCGGGCGCUGCUCCAGAACAGCACGCUGACCGAGCUCCGCUUCCACAACCAGCGGCACAUCUGCGGGGGCAAGACCGAGAUGGAGAUGGCCAAGCUGCUCAAGGAGAACACCACCCUGCUCAAGCUGGGCUACCACUUCGAGCUGGCCGGGCCCCGCAUGGCCGUCACCAACCUGCUCAGCCGCAACAUGGACAAGCAGCGGCAGAAACGGCUGCUGGAGCAGAAGCAGGCCCAGGAGGGCGGCGGUGGCGAUGGCGGGGAGAAGAAGAAGGACCGGCUGGAAGUGCCCAAGGCCGGGGGGCCGCUCAGAGGGCCCUCCCCACAGCCGUCCCCGAAGGCUUCGCCCAAGAACUCCCCCAAGAAGGGGGCCGCCCCGCCGCCCCCUCCCCCGCCCCCUCUGGCCCCUCCUCCCCUGGCCCCCCCUCUUUUGGUGGAGAACCUGAGGAACUCCCUCUCACCAGCCACCCAGAGGAAGAUGGCCGACAAGGCGCUGCCCGCCCAGGAGAAGAAUUCGCGAGACCAGCUACUGGCCGCCAUUCGCUCCAGCAACUUAAAGCAACUCAAGAAGGCAAGAGGGGACUACCGUGGGGUGGCUGGGGAGAGGAACCGGGCCAUCCGGCGGGCCUGA